AUGGAAGGAAGUGAUCACAGGCAUGUUACCCAUGAGAAUAAGGGAACAAACGAGCAGAGAAAUGAAAAUAAAGCAUAUGUACCCAUGGGAGAUGCUCAGUACACACCUUAGUAAGUCUUGGAGAUGGAGGCAAACAAAGAGGGCAAAUAUGAUGAGGAUGGAUUCUUUGUUCUUCCCAAAGGAGACUUCAUCGAUCCUUAUGGCUAUUAUUUCGAUGAAGAGGGAUACGAUGAUUUCGGAGGCUAUUAUGAUGAUGAUGGAUACUAUGUCCCAGGCGAGGAAUAUCAUGACGAGUACUAUGAAAAGUAUGAUGUUGAUCAUUAUAUUCCUGAAUCACUUGAGGAGGAAGCUCAAAGACUGGCUCCUUUCACAGAGCAUGUGUACCCUGCCAUUCAAUGGUUGAAUGAACAGGCUGCUGAUAAAAAGCAUGUUGUAUAAAUCCAAGGUCUCGCAGUUGGCCUAAUAGAAGAUUAAGUCGCCAAGUUUGUCAAUACAAGAAUCCCAGAAAUCUCUGAGUCCGGCAAAUUGACAUACCUUAAAGACCCCAAAUAUAAAUCAUCAGGAGUGGCAUACUUUACAUCAACAAACAAAGAAAAAGUUAUUAGCUUGCUGAAACUUCAUAAUACAUUCUACGCUGGCAAAUACAUCAAGACCUACCUUAUGGGCUACCCCUACGAUUCAGAUGAAUACUCUGAACACAUGUAUGAUAACUUCAAGGGAUAGAAAAUGCUUGACGAAGAUUACUAUGAUGAAGAAGUCGAUUUGGUUGAGAAAUUAGAUGAUCAGGGAGAAGAAUUCACUGGGUAGAAAAAUAUAAAGCCAGAAGGAGAAAUAAAGGUAGAUGGUGAAUAUUAGAUUACGAAAAUGAAGAAAAAAGCAUAAUGA